AUGAAGAAUCUCCAAGAAUAAAGAAUUAUAUUUGGGUAUAUUCUAAUUUAAUGAAAAACAUUUAGAAAUUACCUAUAUGAUUAUUGAGCACAUCUGAUUUUUAAAUAAUAUUGAAUAAGGUAUUCAUCAAAGUGAAUUACAAAAGAUUAACCACAAAAGAGAAUUUUAAUUAUGAAUUAUAGACAGCUAGGAGAGUUAAAAUUUUUCAAUAAACCAGUAAGUGA